AUGAACAAAGAGCAGGGUGGUCCAUCGUUUUUACGUCUCCAAGUAUGCCAGACACUGGAUGUCUCGUCCGUCGUGCCGGCACCAGCAACGACGCUGAUUCGUGGGCUGUAUCCCAAAUGCGUGUGCUUCCAUCCCUCCAAGCCUCUCAUCGCGGUGGGUGUGUCGGGUUACAUGGCGGUGUACGACUUGCAAACCAACACCCGUCUGGGUCGGGUUGACCUCAAAUCAGUGCCGGUGGAGAUGGCGUUCGCUCCUGAUGGCUCCGUCAUAAUUGCGGUGGUCCAGGACUGGAUCCUGUACUCUGUGAGCACCACCAGCUGGAAGGCUCGACCGGUGGUGCCUCGGAGGGCGAAGAUGGAUAAGCCGCUGGAGAGCUGCCUGCUGGCGGUGGCACCGGGCCACAACCCCUACAUCUAUUUUUGCCGCUACGCGAAGGACACUCUCCGGCUGGCCAAUUUGCCCACACGCGCCGGGAUGGGGGCAGUCGUAGACCACCACAGCCACCACGCCUCCUCCGGCGGCGCCGGUGGAGGGGGCGAGCGGGAGCGCAGCGACCGCGGCGGGUGGGGCACGCGAGUCAAGCUUGAUGUCCAGAAGGCGAUAUUGGGUUUGGCGUGUCACCACAUCGACGCGCAGGUGCUGGUUCUGACGGCGGACGGCCAGCUGCGGUCGUACGCUAUUGCGGCGGGCUCGGGUGAUGUGCUGGCGCCCUUGUAUACAGUGCAGGCCUCCAGGGCAGGUGGCGCCUUCACGGUGCUCGAGGCGCCUGGUCGUACGACACCCACUGUCGUACUUUCCAACCGAGUUCCGGGGCACUAUUCCACCAUCGGCAUGGGUGUUUGUCGGGCCCAUCAGACAUUACUGGUGUUCGGCCACAACGAGAUGGGUCGAGUACGUUGCUCCUCCUAUCGGCUGGUGCUGAGGGGUGCUGCAGGGGGGACCCUCAUCGCGAGGGUCUCCCGGGUGGAGCCGCAGGAUAUCACUUCCCUGAUGGACCUGGGCCGCCGUACCAAAGCCGCGCUAGCGGGUGCGAUGACCGCGGGGCCGCUGAACAACACGGCCAUUGGCUCCCCGGGGUCGAUGAUGACGACGACGACGACGACGACAGUCGCUGCCGCAGCUGCCGCUGUGUCCUCUUCGUGUCAGGGGCUAUGGGCCCUGACCCCCGCCUGGUCCCAUGAUGUGUCGAGCAGCUGCUUACUCGAGCCGCAGCUGGGUUCCUCUGCGGGCCGUGUGUUGGUGCACCCGGGCCUGGGGAUACUGGCCCUGGCUCCCGUCCUGCCGCGAGCUGCCCUGAUGAACAGGGAGGUGCUGUUCGCGGGAAGGGGGGGACUCACUACAGAGGAAGCGGCGCUGGCAAGGCGAGUGCAUACGCGCACCUCCACGGUGGUGUUGCUGAUGGUCCACAACCCUGAGGCACCUGCGGGGGGGUGGCGGGGGGCCCGGAUGGCGCCGCAACACACACCCCUCACCGCCUGGCUGCCACCGGGAUGCCAACCGCCAAACAAACAACAAGAUCUGCAACAGCAACAACAACAACAGCAACAACAACAACUUGGCAGUCGACAACAGCAUACCAACAACGCCGCUGGGAAGGCGGCGGAUGACUCCAGUGACGAGGAGUUGGCGGCAGCGGUGCCGCCGCCACGGCACGACGUUGCCGCCGCUGCCGCUGCCGCACCGGCGGCUGAUGGCGGUGCUCUGGCGUUGCCUCCCCACGUGUAUUACCUGGCCGGUAACCGGCUGAUGAAGUACUCGCUCGUGACUCGCAGCACGUGCACGCUAGCCAACCUGCCAGCCGACGCAGUUACCCCCGACGGCGACGUGCGUACGGCACGGCAGCUGAUGCACAGCUCUAAGGCGGGCGCCUGGCUGGUGUUUUUCGAGGCGGGGGCUGGCGGCGGCGGCGGCGCCGUCACGGGCGGCGGCAAUGGUGCUACGGGCGGCGGCGGUGUGGGAACUGGCGGCGGCGGCGGUGGCACCAGUACGGCGCUGGAUCGAUUCUCCUGGACGUUAUUGAACGCCACGUCGUUUUCUGCCGAGAGCGGCGCGGGGGACGUCACGUGGGUACGACAAGGCAAGACCGGCUGUUUUCUGGGCCCCGAUGAUUCGCACGUCUGCAUCCUGUCCUCCAACGGCAAGCUGCUGGAGCUGUUCCACACGCCCUCCCUCAGCGGCUCCACAGCGGGGGGUGUCCCCUUGCUGACCCUGACCCUGGAGGGGGCCGUGUUGAUGCCGGGGGUGGGGACGUCCGUGUUCCCCGGGCCGCCCAUGACCAAUGCGCCCGUGCCCGAGGCCUGCGCCCCCCCGGAUGCCCCCCCUCACGACCUCCGGCGCUUCCAUGGCUCCGGAGUACUUCUGUGGCAGUCGUCCGACCUGUCACUUAGCAUGACCACCCUGCCCGCCCUGCAGCGGGUACCUCUGGACGCGCCGUCGCCCACGGACGCGGCUGCCGCUGCCGCCGCCGCUGCCACUGCCACUGCCGCCGCAGCGGCGGACGACUCCGACUCGGACGCCGAUGGCUUGCCGCCGGUUUACCCCAGCAUGCCCGCGGGUCACUAUUUUGGCGUCAUACCGCGUCAAGCCCACCUGCCGCUGCUAGCGCAGGAGAUCGUCAUUCACGUCGCCUGGCAGAGUCUGAGCCUGGCGGGGCCCGCCGCCGCCGCUGGCGGCGGCGGCGCCGUGGACGCCGUGGCGGCGGUACUGACCACGCAGCGGCUCUUGUUGGUCACCGCAGCGCUGCGAGUGGUGUGCUCCGUCAGCUUGGCGGCCCACGGGUCUGCGGUGCUGAUGGAGCCGCUGACGUCAGUGGUGUGGGCGGGACCGAUGCUUUUAGCGACUACCGCCUCCGGGCAGGUGCUACAGCUGACGUGGACGGGCGCGCUACUGCCCGUAGCGACAUUGUCACCCACCGGCCAUAUUGCACUCAUGGGCGUUACAGCCGACUCGCUGCUGGUGCUGCGUACACCGCUGGCGGCGCCACCACCGGUGGUGGCGCCGCCGGCUGGCGCCGCUGCCUCCAGCGGUGGCGGCUCCGCCGCACCAGCGGCGGCGGCUCUAGCGGAGGUGGUUGCGCGGCCCGCGGCGCUGCUGCAGCCUCUCCUUAUCGCAUGGGCGAGCUUGGCGGCGACGGGGCUGUUGUCCUUCAGCAGCAGCGGAGCCGCCACCGUCGUCGUACGUCCCGCGAUGCGUCACGUGCUAGCAUCGUACGACGCCGCCAGCUUUACGCCGCGCGGCGUGUGGGCGCUGAUCGCCGCCGGCGCGUGGGACGUGGCGGCAGCCGUUGCGGCCCACAUGCCGCCGUUGGACAGUGCCGUACGGGUGGCUUCUGCUGCCGCAGCCGGUGACUGGUCCGAUGUGUCGUCGACGCUGCUGGCGGAGGCGUCUCGCGCGCUGCACGCCCCAGCGCCGCCGCCUCGCGGCUCCGAGCUACACUGCAAGCUGGUGGCGGCGGGGGCAGGGGCGCUGAUGCACGGCCAGGUGGCCACAGCGGGAAACCUCUUCCAAGCCGCAGGUGAGUGGGCCGUGGCCAUGAUUCUGGCGGUUUGCCAGGGCAACUCUGAAGGACUGUCGGCCAUUGCCCACAAGCUGUCACAGCCGGAAGGCGCCGCCACCGCUGUCGUACAGACACCGGAGGCGCAGCUGGCGACGCAGCUGGCGUCGGCGCUGCGUAACGUGUACGGAGGCAUCGGGACGCCAGUCGGCGACGCGCCGCUGGCGCUGACGCUGACGCCGGAGGCGGCGGCGGCGGCGGCGGGACCGACGCCAGCGUAUCCCCCGGGGUCAUCGAAACUCGAGGCCCUGGAGAGGGCCGAGCGCUGGGGCUUUGCGCCGCCGCUGGCCGCCCCCGCUGCCGUCGCCGUACCCCUUGGCCUGCCCCGCACCGCCGUCCCUGACGCUGAGCUUGGCGCCAUCCCGGCCUACCCCGACCGUGGCUACGUCGUGUCGUACUACGGGCUCACGGCAAUGGCCGCCGGCGUCGUGGCUGCGGCGGCCGGCGGUGCUGGCAGCGGUCGGCCGACGACAGCGGCGGCGGCGGCGGCGGCUGCCGGUACCGCGGCGGCCAGCGCUACUGGCUCCUCCAACCACCGCCCCGGGGGCAGUAACGCCUUGGGCGACUUGGAGGCUCCGUCCGUGGAUUCAAGCGAAGCAGCACAAGUAGCAGCAAGAGCAGAAUUCCUCAAUCAAUUUGCGGGCAGUGGCGGCGGCGGCGGCUUUGGUCGUGGACCUACCGUCGACUUCUCUUCUGAUGACGACGACACCGCCUCGGAAGCCACCGGCAGCGGCGCCGACACGCUGGGCGGAUUUAGCGGCGGCGGUGCGACGCAACGGCGCAUCAAGGUCCACAUCCGCGAUGCUGCAACAGGCAGCGGCGGCGGCGGCGGCGGCGGCGGCGCUUCUGGUAGCACCCUUCGUGAGGCCGCCAGCAACAUUCGCGUCGCGCCGCCAGGCGCCUUACCUUCCGCAGCCAGCCGCCUCUCCACUGCCUCUUCCCUUGCACUGCUGCCGCCGCCGCCGCCAGCUGGCGCGCCAGCGGCGCCGUCGGCGCCGCAGUUCCCGCCUGGCAUGUCCUCCGCACAGCUGUACGGCGGCGGCGUGGGUCUGAUGGAGUCAGGCGACUGGCGCGGCGCCGCCGCGCACUUCUCCCGCGCCAUGUCUGUCCUGCAGCACGAAGAACGCGGUGUCUUGGACGAGCCGUCGCGGCAAGCCCGCCUGGCAUUCUGCGCGCACUAUUACGCAGCGGUGCUGCUUUUGGAGGCCGUUGGCGGCGGGGCGGGUCCGCGGGAGGCCCGACUGUACCGCUACUUGGCGGGCCUUACGUUGGAUCCCAAGCACUCCAACGCGCUGCUCCGUGAGGCCAUCACGCGGAACAGAACCGUGGGAAACUACAAGUACGCUGCCGACCAGCUGACGGCGCUGAUCGUCAAGGUAGCCGAGACCGCCCCCGCGGAGUACCUGGCGCAACUGCAGACUGAGAUUGAGGAGUGUGAUCGUCAAGGCGGCCGUAAUGCGGGUCUUCCGGCGGAUGAGCAAGUGGCGGACUGGGCUCUGCUGCUGAGCAAGGCUGCGGAGGGGCCGGGGCCGGGGGCCUUCAAGGGGCAUGUGGAUGAGCUGGUGCUGCCGCUGAUUAGGUAG